AUGGCCUUGCUCCAGUAUGUGUUCGAUGGUGCGGAGAGGGAAGUUAAGGUCAAGCCUCAUGGAAACGCCAAAAACAGCAAGCCAUAUUAUCGCACUUCGGAAUUAACCAAGAACCGGCUCGAGGAACUCGCUAAAAAACAUCCCCCAAAGGAAGCUUUACAUAAGAGCCUUGAAGAAAGUGGUGGAAUUUUGAAGAUAACAUCUGCUGGUGGUCAUGCACGUAAUGUGAGGCAGUUGACCAACAUAAAGCAAAAGAGUCAAGAAAGUGCAGAAGACGAUUUCGUGGAGCUGUUGCAAAUGUUGAAAGAAGAUGCCAGAGAUUCAGACACUGCUUUCGUGAGGAAAGUUGACAACUCUUCCGACCCUUGCGUAGUACUUGCCUCCAACCAACAACUGCUAGAUGUUGAACGGUUUUGCACUAAUCCAGCUAAAUUUAGCGUUCUGGGUGUGGAUGCCACGUUCAACUUCGGGAGGUUCUACGUAACUUUGACGACAUACCGUCACUUGCUGCUUCGGACCAAAGAAAACUGCCAUCCGGUUAGAAUUGGCCCUACAUUACUCCACCACAGAAAGGAGGCGGGCAGUUACUACGAGCUCGCGUCCACCAUGGUAAAGCUUCACGCCCCCUCUCAAAACGUUCUGGUAUAUGGUACAGACGGGGAGAAAGCUCUUUCGGAGGGCUUUGGAAGACCUUUGCCAUUCGCGUUACAUCUCAUGUACGACAUUCACAUGAGGGACAACAUCGACAGCAAAUUAUCGCAGCUUGGGAUUCGUGCACCUGUUUCAGAAGAAUAUCGAGCCGAUAUCUUCGGGAAAAACAUUGGUAGUAUUCGUAUACCUGGGCUUAUUGAUGCCUCAAAUCCUGCCGAGUUUGACGCCAAGGUGGUAUCAUUGAGUGAAGAGUGGAAAAGGAGACACCCACAAGGGGGACGUUUCUUGACGUACUUCAAUAAGUACAAGGCAGAGCAAAUAAAGAAAACCAUGACGGUCGAAGUUCGUUCUAUGGCUGGUCUUGGUUUUCCACCUAGUGUGUACGACCAGAACGCUAACGAAUGCAUGAAUUCCGUUCUCCAAAGGGAGAAAGAUAACACGGGAAAGAAGCGAUUAUCUCUGCCGCAAUGUGCUAGACUUAUACGGACGACCGUUGCCAGACAACGAACCGAAGAGCAGUUAGCACUGAUUGGAAUUGGCGAUUUGGAGCUUGAUCCGUUGUAUCUUGACCUUGCCGUUGACGAGACAACCUUUUACCGCAAAACAGCGCAGCAGAAGCAGGCGGUGCUGAAGAAGUUUAAUCAGCAAAAAGUCAGAGCCGAAGAUAUAGCAUCAACCUCUGCAAAUGAUGAACCCCCUCCUACUGUGGCCCCCUUAUCCGUAUCUGCCCAGCAAAGCGGCAUUAUUCGUGUGCCCUACUCAUUGCUAAACGCAAUGUUUAGCAAAGCGGGUUCUCUACACUUUCGUGGCCAACAAGCCAUAGUAGCAGCACCAGGAGCUAAUCGCAAUCCCCAACGCUUUGUUGAAAAUGAAUCGGCACGUGCUUCGCCCUACAUGGUCUCAACAAAAUCUUCAAAACAUGGGGAAGUCUACUACGAGUGUUCAGAAAGCUGCAUUUCUUUUGCGGCCUACGGCCUUUGCGCGCACGUUUUAGCCGUAGCAGAGUUAGAUAACAAUUUAGACGACUAUCUAAAGUGGUACAAGAAAGUCAAGCAGACCCCAGCCAAUGUCACCGCAUUAGCAGAGAUGGACUUACCGUCUAGUCGGGGCACCAAGAGAACAAAAGCGACCCAAAUACGAAAGGGGGGAAAAAACACGAACAAACGGCCAAGAACGGUGGUUGAAAACUACAUCGACCACGGUGAGAUGCCCUCCGCUUCCAUCAUCACAAGCGACGCAACAACCAGUUGUGCCGUGACAAACGCCACCGCCAGGGGUCGCUCGACAACACAGGUAGACGCAGUAGCAGCCCAAUUGUCCACUCAAACACAGCCAGUGGUAAGUUUACAAUCUGGUCGGUAAUGUAUUGUCUUCUAUAGAAAUUUAUCUAUAUAGAGAGAAAAGUUAAAAAAGACCGAAAGUGGACAAGGUUUGGAUAUCUUUCAGAUGAUUCUGCAAAACCAGCCAGUUUGACUCCAAAUGGCCCGAAAGGCCGUUUGGCAGUCCGAAAUGGCACACUUUAAGAGACUGGCCCAAUUCUUUGGAAACAUCUAGCUUGAUUUUUGAAAACGAAACUACCGCAAGUUGCAGCCUUUUGACUGAAAUUUGGCCAAAAAUUUAGUCCGAUAAGCCGGAAAUUCACACCCGAGUAGGAAAAGAAGAGGAAAAAUAGAGAGAGCGAGGAAAAAGGAAGGAGGGAAAGAGAAAAAAGCAAUGGUUGCACUCUUACUUUUUAUAUUGGCUACUUUGGGAAAAAAGGGUCGGAAGAGGUCUAUUCUAGCGCAGCCACCUUUUUCUAAAUCCAGGCAGAUAUAAAGUUUGUGGUUCGAUAUCUCCGUAGAAGAGUGCUCAAUACAUAAAGUAGAGCGUGAUAUAUAUUGUUAGCAGAAAAAUAACACUUCUAUCCCCACAAGCCUGUUUCGUGAUUGCUCACUCAUCAGGGAUCCCCUAUAUAUAUAUAUAUCCUAGGUUAAUCUUGGACGGUCUAAAAAAAGUUAAUGGCCUUGGGUAAGCUCGACAAACUUCGGAAGGCUUAGUUAAUGUUCGGGAAUUUUCGAAAAACUUCGGAAGGUUAAGUCAAAAGAACCAGCGAAGAAAUAUCUCACCAUUAACAAAGUUUUUAAAAAUGUACCAGUAUUAAGUUUGUACUAACUUCAUUUGUUAAAAAAAAAAACAAAAACAGGCUCCCUCGACAAGUGCAACAUUAUGGAAUGCGUCUUCCAGUGAUGGAACAGCGUUGCCGUCACCCCCCAAAAUGCAGGAGGGUGCCUUCCAACUUGGGCUACUGAGAUUCUGCCACUCGUCGGUGAAGAAAUGCUACGGUUGUGGCCAGUUGUUGAAAAUGAAAGGAGGAGAUGGUCAAUGGCUCAUACCAUCAGCCCCAAAUGACCUCGUUAUUAUCACUGCCACGAGGAGGACCUAUUGGCAAAACGGUGAACAAAAGCGUGGUCACCUGGGGAACGUAUACUUUCAUUGCCGAGUUGAAUGUGUGAGGGCGAUGCAAGCAGCUUUUCUGCCUUUUCUUGUGGUCAUCCCCAGUGUUCUUCGACCUCACUUGAUGCCAGCGCAUCGCCAGCACCUCGCCCAGGAAUUACAAAUACUGGUUUAG